AUGUCAGCAGUAUGGUUUUACCCAAGUGAUAACUGGCCCAUAGAGCCUACACAGCGUUCAGGAAUAUACCGCGGUAAAGUGACAACGAAGAAAGUCGAACUCGAUCCCAAAUGUCCGAAAACACGUGGGAGAGUUCAAGACCAUGCACCUUACUUAAUCUCAGUACCCGUCAGCGGGGCGCUUCUGUCUCAUCUACUAAAAGUAGCAACAACCAACCACUCGAACUCCAGGACUUACGACUCAAAACCCUGCCGAAACAGAGGAGAAGUGAGUUCCAGAAAGCGGUGA